UUGUUCUAGGUCAGAAGAAAAGGGAAAGGGCAGUAUCAGACAUUUCUGUCCCUUUCAUUGCAGAGACAAAGGUUCUCCUCAAGCCUCCAGCUGGGCUUCUGCUGUGGCCCUCCCCUCGGCCAGGACGCCACACACUGCCCUGCACUGCAAGGCGGGACGCAGCUCCUCAGGUCUCUGUGAUGGCUUCAGACACUGGGCAGGGCAGGGCUGUUGGCUGCCACAGAUUGUCUGAUAUUCGUGACGGGGAGGGAGGGGGAAUUUACUUCUGAAAGAUGCAAUGAAGGAUCCUGGAGAACUGGGCACUUGAGUGAAACCCUCAAAGAAUGGUCAGCUUUGGAGAGGCUGAAAGAGGACACAAAUGUGGGCAAGUUAGUGAAGUCCAGGAUGAAGAGGAAACAGCCAGGGAGCGUGAAGAAGCCGCCUCAGUGUGUGGGGUUCCUGCACAGCCCUGUGGGUUCCAACACGGAAGUAUUAAAGAACGGGUUGACCUUUGCAUUGGAGAGUGGGGUGUGGAUUACCCAAACCAGAGGAUGCCAGUUGGAUGUGAGCCUCGGACGUGAUUUUGGGGGGCAGGGGAGGGGUCUCACCUAGUUCUAAAAGCAGAAGAUUGCCAACAUUUGAGGAUAUAGAGUGAUUACCUGCCCACAGUCUGCCUGACCUGGACGCUUGUUUCCACGCGGCCAUGAGCAUCUGGUGCUGGGUGGGACCGCUCCUUCGGAAGGGAGGGCCCUGCCACUUCCGCACGAGGCGCACUGCCCGAGUCGCCACAGACGCGUCUCGAGGGUGUGUUUUGUGCACCUGCCACUGCCGUGAGCCCCUGUUGACCCUGUGGGCGCUAGGGUGUGCAACCCAGGCUUCGGAUUUUCCCCAAAUUGUUUUGUUAGGGCCUGCCGGGCAGACCUUCCACAAAGGACAUAACAAAACAGUUUUUCAAAAAGAAAAAUAGCGCUUGUGAUGAGUGUGAGGUCACCCAUAUUUCACCCAAUAACAAGACGAAGGCUUGGCCUCGGCGUUCACUUCCAAGACAGGUGGGAUGACCCUGGCUCAGUCCCCCCACCUCAAUUCUCUCCGUUCGUCGCGCAGUGGCGGCAUUAGGUUAUCUAACGGGACAGGCGCCACGUCUUUGAAUAGCGGUAGGACGGGAAAGUCCGUUGAAAAUAAACAGCCAUGUGUUCUGAGAAGCGGGAACACUUUGUUGUCUUGUCCAGCAGUUCCUUUUCCUGUUUCUUGAUUGCUUAUCAGCCCUUUCAGAUUGCCUUUUCACUUUGAGAACUGCAAAAUUAAGUCAUUCCAGCCACCUCCGUUUAAGCAGCCGAUUCAGUGAUCCGACUGCUCUUUUCAACAGCUCUGUGAGAAUGAGGUGAGGAUCUGGGCAGGUCUGUUUCCCUAGAUUGGCCCCGACGGUUCUGGAUACUUCUGAAGCUGACUUGAGAGAUCAGGGCUGUGGUGCGAUUUGUUUUUUCACCGUAGUCACAAGAUGAAAGCAGGGAUUGAAGAGGGGAGUAAAGCCGCAGCGGUCGACAAGUUACUGGCCGGAGACGAGAUCGUUGGCAUCAAUGACAUCGGUCUCUCGGGCUUUAGACAGGAAGCGAUUUGCCUGGUGAAGGGGUCCCAUAAGACCCUGAAGCUGGUGGUCAAAAGGAAGAGUGAGCUGAGCUGGAGGCCUCACUCCUGGCACGCCACCAAGUUCUCCGACAGCCACGUGGAGCCGGCGGCCUCUCUCUUCCCCUCUGCCAGCGGCUGCCCUUCCUGGCACGGCCGGCACCACGCGAGUUGUUCCUCCCAUGACCUGUCCGGUUCGUGGGAGCAGACGAGCCUGCAGCGCACCUCUGGCCACUUCAGCUCCCUGGGGAGUGUGGACAGCCUGGACCACCCCUCCCACUCCUACCCCUCUGGCCGUCUCUCCGCGGCCAAGUCCAACAGCAGCAUCGACCAUCUGGGCGGCCACGGCCAGCGCGACUCGGCCUACGGCUCCUUCUCCACCAGCUCCAGCACUCCCGACCACACCUUGUCCAAGGCCGAUGCCUCCUCCGCAGAGAACAUCCUCUACAGCGUGGGCCUCUGGGACGCCUCCAGGCAGGGUGGCAGCCGGCAAGGCCAGGCUGCCAGUGACCCUCAGGGCCUAGAGGACAGGCUGGGGUGCUUCCCGCCCAGGGUCCCCGGUGACAGCAGUAAAAGCCCCAGGCCAGAGGACAGUGCUGAGCCCAAGCCGGCCUCUUCUGCGAGGGCCAAUUUUGGGCCGGUCUGGUAUGUUCCUGACAAGAAAAAAGCACCUUCCUCCCCACCCCCACCCCCACCCCCUCUCCGCAGUGAUAGCUUUGCUGCCACUAAGAGCCACGAGAAGGCCCAGGGCCCCCUGCUCUCAGAGGCGGCCACCACCAAGCACUUUACCGCCCUGGCCCGGGCUCAGCCCCACAGCGAUUGGAGACCAGACCCCACCGACUGGCCACGGAGGCUGGUGCGCCCCAGCAGUGGGAAGGGGGCUGGAGGCCCAGGCUACCUGCAGGAGGCCCGCCUGGACUACGGCUGGCCCUCUGAGGACAAGGCUCCUGGCAGGCUCCAGGCCUCUCUGUCCAGCACAGACGUGCGCUUCCCGCAGCCUCCCCGUGGGGGCCAGCACCCGCGCCACUACAGUGACGAGAGCCCUGGGACCCCUGUGUCACCAAGGGAGCUGCGGGCUAUGGGACUCGGGCCGGAGCCUCCCGCCGCACACUUCCAGGGUGACGGCCCCCCUCAGCUGAGGUGGCUCGGUGCUGCCGACCAGACGGCGGGUGGCAGCGGGCAGGGCCCCCGUCACUGCGUGCCCACCAGGCAGCCCCUGCAGGCGGGCACCAAGGCAGCACAGCCCCGAGGGGGCCGCUGGCCUUGCGAUGCGGCCCCGGGCGCCCUCCAGCAUCCUCCCUCGCAGCCUGUGGGCCAGGGCCCACGCCGUCACCUACCUCAGCACGAGGGUCUUCUGGGUGCCCGUGAGACAGGAUGGUGUCACCCCCCAGACGCAGGGGCCAAGGGCUGCUCCACAACGGCCCAGGAGCCUCCCGGGGCCAGCCACGCUGACCAAGCGGGCCAGCACACGGCAGCGGGCGGCUUCAAGUGGGAGUAUGGACAGAGCAGCAGGAUCUCUCCCCAGAAGACACCCCUGCUGCACUCCUUGACCCAGGAGGGGACCUGCCAGCCGGAGAACCGCCAGGGUGGUGGCGCGGCAAAGCCACCGACGUUAGACGCCCAGGUGGGCAGAGCCACACGGAGAAGCGACCGGUUUGCCACCACGCUGCGGAACGAGAUCCAGAUGCGCAGGGCCAAGCUGCAGAAGAGCAAGAGCACGGCCACUCUGACCGGUGACGCGGAGGACGCCGCAGGUGGCUGGAGGGCUGAGUUGGGAGGGGCCGCCAGCACGCCCCCAGAGGGACCCUUCACCGGCACCUACAAGGACCACCUGAAGGAGGCCCAAGCCCGGGUCCUGAGGGCCACGUCUUUCAAGCGCCGGGAUCUGGACCCCAACCCGGUGGACGAGUACCCGAGGUCACCAGAACACAGAACGGGGCACCACGGGGCCUCACCCUCCUUCCCUGCGGAUCCGGACAUUGUGCCCCCCUUCUGGGAAACGGGCCCCUCGAAGCCAGCCUCCUCCGGAGGCGGCGGCCCCCUCGUUCCCCGCAUUGGAGGCCGGAAACGGUUCACCGCGGAGCAGAAGCUGAAGUCGUACUCUGAACCGGAGAAGAUGAAUGAGGUCGGCCUCUCGGGGGGCUGCGGUCCUCGCCAGCUCCCCAGGACACCCGAGGACACCGUGGGCACUUUUGCCGACAGGUGGAAGUUUUUUGAGGAAACAAGCAAACCGCUUCCCCAGAGGCCGGGGCAGAGGCAAGCACCCCGUGUGCUCCCAAGGGAGAGGCCGUGGACAGCGGGCCGUGGGUGUGACGCCGCGGAGCCCCGGCCGCGCACCAGCUCCUUCGGGGAGAGCCUGGGCGGUCACAGAAAAGCAGACAAGGCGGGGAAACUGGAGCCGCCACAGCGACUCGGGACCUUCGCAGAGUAUCAGGCCUCUUGGAAGGAACAGAGGAAACCUCUGGAAGCCAGGAGUUCCGGGCGGUACCACUCGGCAGAUGACAUUCUGGACGCCGGUCUGGACCAGCACGAGAGGCCGCGCUACCUUCACGAAAGGUCCCGGUCAUCGCCGUCCACGGACCACUACAAACAGGAACCUUCUGUGGAACCUCAAAGGCAGGCGGAGGACGCCAGGGAGCACCGAGAACUCCCCUCCAUAGUCCAUGCCGAGGAGGGGCGGUCCACUCCAAGACAAGCAGAUGCCCAGUGUCAGGAAGGCAGUGCAGGCACCGGGCGACACCCACCCAGCCAGAAGCCACCCGUGUCCUCUGAAUCAUCUCACACGUGGAAACCCCCAGCACCGCCCCGGGAGGGCCGUGGCCGAGCCGGGACGCUACCUCGCGACUACAGAUACCCAGAGGAGAGCACCCCUGCAGACUCGGGGCCGCUCGCUCAGGGACAGGACUCCCCGCGGCCGCUGAGCGCCGCCUCGCGGGCGCCCAGGAAGUGCCGCGGCCCCGAGGGCGCACCUGCCCCUGCGCACCUAGUGGCCUCGGGCAGGGCCCUCUCUGUGCCCCCAGAGGACACGUGCGCGGCCCGCCUGUCCCUCCCCCACGGCCCCUCCGUGUCCCGCAGCGCCCAGCCCCAGGACGCCCCGGAGGCUGCCGCCUGCCAGCAUGUGAGCCGGGGUGCCCCCCGCCCCGAGCCGCAAGCCCCGCUGCCCCCUGCGUGUCGCGCCCUGCCCCUGCGCAUGGCCAUGGAGACCUCACGCUCCCCCUCGCCUCAGUUCGCCCCCCAGAAGCUGACGGACAAGCCGCCCCUGCUCAUGCAGGAUGAAGAGUCUACAAGAAUCGAGCGGGUGAUGGACAACAACACCACGGUGAAGAUGGUGCCCAUCAAGAUCGUGCAUUCGGAGAGCCAGCCCGAGAGGGAGAGCCGCCAGAGCCUGGCGCGCCCCGCCGAGCUGCCCGCCCUGCCCGCCCUGCCCAGCGGGCUGGAGAAAGACCAGAUCAAGACGCUGAGCACCUCGGAGCAGUUCUACUCCCGCUUCUGCGUGUACACGCGGCAGGGCGCCGAGCCUGAGCCCCCCGGCGCCCGGGCACCCCCCGAGAAAGACGGCUGUGCCUCCCCGCCUGGGCUCAGCUACGUGAAGGCCAAAGAGAAGACCGUGGAGGACCUCAAGUCGGAGGAGCUGGCCAGGGAGAUCGUCGGGAAGGACAAGUCCCUGGCCGACAUCCUGGAUCCCAGCGUGAAAAUAAAAACCACCAUGGACCUGAUGGAAGGGAUCUUCCCCAAAGACGAGCACCUCCUAGAAGAAGCUCAGCAGCGGAGGAAGCUGCUCCCCAAAAUUCCGUCCCCUAGAACCACAGAGGAGCAGAAAGAGGAGCCACGUGCGCCUGCGGCUGUGUCCCUGGCCACCAAUUCUACCUACUACAGCACGUCGGCGCCCAAGGCGGAGCUGCUCAUCAAGAUGAAGGACCUGCAGGAGCAGCAGGAGCCGGAGGAGGACUCGGGGAGCGAUGUGGACCACGACCUGUCCGUGAAGAAGCAGGAGCUCAUCGAGAGCAUCGGCCGCAAGCUGCAAGUGCUGCGGGAGGCCCGGGAGAGCCUGCUGGAGGACGUUCAGGCCAACACGGCGCUGGGGGCCGAGGUGGAGGCCAUCGUGAAGGGUGUCUGCAAGCCCAGCGAGUUCGACAAGUUCCGGAUGUUCAUCGGGGACCUGGACAAAGUGGUGAACCUGCUGCUGUCGCUGUCAGGCCGCCUGGCCCGGGUGGAAAAUGCCCUCAAUAAUUUGGACGACAGUGCUUCUCCUGGCGAUCGGCAAUCCCUGCUCGAGAAGCAGAGAGUGCUGGUCCAGCAGCACGAGGACGCCAAGGAACUCAAGGAGAACCUGGACCGCAGGGAGCGCGUCGUCCUGGACAUCCUGGCCAGCUACCUCAGCGAGGAGAGCCUGGCGGACUACGAGCACUUUGUGAAGAUGAAGUCGGCGCUCAUCAUCGAGCAGCGGGAGCUGGAAGACAAGAUACACCUCGGGGAAGAGCAGCUGAAGUGCUUGUUCGACAGCCUUCAGCCGGAAAGAGGCAAAUAAGAGGUCCGUCCCCGGCAGAGGCGACACGCGGGGACGCACGUGAAAGCCCGGCUUGUGCUUAUCUCCUGGAGAGAGACUCCUCCUUCAGCAAAGGGGCUAUUAGAAAAGCAAUAACUCUGUGUCUGUUUGGGAUGAUUUAUUUAAUUUUUUAGUUUCCCUUUGAACGCUGAGCAGAGCAGCUCACUGUCAGCUGCAUUCCUUUAAACAUCAGCCCACCUGCCGCCGCGGCCGGGCUGUGGCGCAUGCACCUGGUCCCUUUUGCUGGUGAAUCUGCUGUUCCUCCCGGCUUCAGAUGCUGAACCAACCGCCCGGGAGGCGACAAUUGCGUCCUUCGGUGCAUGAGAAGGGAGACCCUGGCACGCGUCUUCUCUUCUGAUUCGUCAGGGCAUGGGCUGCCGUGUUUUGUCCCUGCUUGUUAAUGGUGUGAGCAUUCGUCGUCUGUCAUGUAAUGAUGUUCUCUGACCUAGCAAAAAUGAUGAUGAUGAUACGUAUUAACAUUUGGAAGGGUGAAUAGUGUUCUAGUGGUUAAAAACCAACUGUGAAAUGAACAACCUACGUCUUGGGUUCCCUCAUUCUAAGAUUAAAAUCGCCACUUAAAUAACGUGCAUGCUUUAACACACGCACAAAGCCGACAAGUAGCUUUAGUCCAGAGUUCUCACUCGACAUCACAGUUUGGAUGAUGUUUUCCUGCAAAGCAAAUUACUUGGUUAAAAGUAUGUCCAGUGAUCAUGUGCUUGUUAUGUGUUUCCCAAGACCCAGAAUAUUUUAGGUGACUUCCCCCCACCCAGAACAUUUUUUCAUAGGAAUGUGGUCAUGAAUGGUAAUUGGCUACUUUGCUCUUUUUGCCUCCCUCCGUCAGUUACCAUGAGGGCCACAUUCCAUGUACUGUGAGACCCCUUCCUCCACUUUGUCAGCAGUCCCGUGGACUAUACAACUCCUAAAGUUGACCUUUUCCUCCCACAGAGUUUAAAGGUGCUGUGCCCUUUUUAUUGGUUGAAACAGCAAGAUUCUAAAGAAUAUUUAUUUUAAAAAUAAGCACUGUCUUGCUGUCAGUUUCCAAUUGACAAGUCACAGACUGGGAGGAAAUAUUUGCAAAUCCUGCAUCUGCCAAAGGAUUUGCAUCCAAGAUGUAUAAAGAACACUCAAAACGCAAUUGUAAGGAAACAAACAGCCUAAUUAAAAAACGGGCAAAAGACUUGAAUAGACACUUCACCAAAGAGGAUAUAUGCAUGGCACAUAAGCACAUGAAAAGAUGUUCAUCUGCUGAUGGCUUGGUUGUAACUUAUUUUUAAUAAUUGUAGAUUUGAUGUAUUUCUUCGAAAACUGUUCCUCUAAUUAAAUGCAUGGUCAGUGGUAA